AUGGGGGCUUCAGGACUCGCAGAGUUCCUCGUCUUAUUCCCAUCAUGGAUCACAGGUGAGUUCAAGGCAAACUUUACUCUCAACAAAAGAACUCCGACUCCGACUGAAUCGCCAUCGCUCACUAGCCCGGAAAUCGUCGACGAUGCCUCGUCGCAUCCACCUCCCCUACCCAACGGCCCGAACAGGUUCGAGCCUCCGACGACCAGAACCGAAGCGCCUCCCAUAGCCGGAGAGGUGGACGGCUCACAUGGAGUGCUACUGGGCGAUGCUGGGGACGAGAACAUCGUCGGCGGCUGGGGCGAUGCCCGCAAGGACAAAUCCCCCAGCGACUACAGCGACGAGGAGGACGGCAACGGUGACAACAACGAGGAAGAUGGCGGCAGCGCCGACGAAGACAAAGCCAGCGACAUCUACUACCGCACUAAAAAGGCUACAAGUGACCGCCUACACAACCUCACUCAUCUCUGGAUCCUCGGCGACAAACUCCAGAUGCCUGCGUUGCAAAACGACACCACCAAGGCGCUCGUCGCCAUGACAGCCACCACCCACAACUUUCCAACAACGAUGCCCUCGUCCUUCCCCACGGCCGAAAUCAUUGCCUAUGUCUACGCCAACACCUUGUCUAGCGCCCCGCUACGCGCGCUUAUCGUCGACCUAGCCCUCAUAAUCAAACCGGAAGACCAGAUCCGAUCCAUCGUGGACGAUACCACCAAGGACGUUGACACUUUGGGAGUUUUCCAGGCGGCUGUGCGAGUCCUGUUCCUAGUCGUCCGUGUCCGCAUUGUGGUUUGCUAG